AUGUCAUCCUCGACACCUCCAAGCGACCCUGUGCCCCCCGGUUGGCUUCUUGAACCUCCCAUGACACUACCUAAUGCUGAACACCCGGUCACCCCACUCGAGGCCCUCUUGCGGUCCAGGCGCUACGCUGUCAGCCAGGCCACUUUUUGCGCUACCAUUCUCCUCGUGCAUGUGAUUGCUUCUUGGGUUACAGAAGCUCGGCACAGGAGAAAGAUCGUAAUCCCGGAAGGCGAGGUUAGCUCAGUGCCCAGAAAGGAGACUCGUCGGACAUACCUGUAUGCGCUCUUCUCGGUUAGCGUCACCUUGUGGAUCCUGUGUGUCCGCAUCGCGAUGAAGGAAGCAAAACUAGGCAUCUGGCAGAGCAUGUCUUACCACGAAGUGGUUGCAAGCGCGCUUUUCUUUCAGUUCUCUCUUUAUUCUUGUGUUCGUUUUGCGCACAGAGGGUUCACCUUCGGAGAAUGUGCACUUGUUUCUUUCGGUGCCACCAUCCUAUUCAUGGAACUAAUGAACAUCACACUUGCCAAACUAUUCCCCGCUGUGACCCCAUACAUCAAGACAUUCCGCCUACCCACCCCCCUGCUCAUAUACCAGAUUGCACUGAUUCCCGGCUCACUUCUCACUGGCUUCCUCCUCUCCCCUCUCCUUUACCUCUCGCGCCACAUCGCUCAACGCCCUGUCCGCCGGAUGCGUUACCCCGAGGAGAAGAUGAAACACCGCCGGCUGCUCGCGCUCGGCUUCUACGUCGGCACACUUCUCAUCGUCGGCGGCCUCAUCGGCAUUUGGGCGCAAUGGUGUCUCGACGGGCGCAACCCGUGGGUCUACCUCGCGCUCUUCCUCCUCGCGGGCGAGAACAAGUGGACGCGUCCCGCUCUCGUGGCCUAUUGGGGUCUGCUCAUCAGCUUGAGCGUCGCCGGAUGGACACGCCAGCUCGCGCGCAGCCGCCGCUGGCGCCAAUGGGCCAUCGGCGGGCGGGCGCCCGGUAGCGUCCAGCUCAAUGCCGGGCUCGUGGACGGGAUUGUCGUUCCGACGAGCCCGCGCCACGACACCGCCGGGAUCGCCCCUGCUGCGGUCGUCCCGAACGGCCAAGGGACGGCGGGGCACAACGUUCACCCGCAAGCACCUGUGGCCGAUGCGAACGGGGGCCCGCGCGCCGCCGCGACUGCGGAGAUGGGUGACCCGUCGAGCAGCGCGUCCGCGACGCCGCCCCCUGGAGAAGGCUUGGGGUCCUACCGGCGGCACUUGCCCAACCUCCCGAACCUCCCAAACCUUUCGAACCUCCCGGAUUUACCCAACAGCGCGAACUUCUCGAACGUGGCAACGGACUUGCUCGAUGCCGCGGACAAGCACGUGCCGACGCUGAGCGUGAACGCGCGGCGCAAGUACUUCCACGCGCUCGCGGUGGUCAUGUUCGUGCCUGGGAUUGCGAUCGACCCGGCGUUCACACACCUCGCCUUCAGCGGCGCGUUUGCGUUGUUCACGUUCGCGGAAUACGUGCGCUACUUUGCGUUGUACCCGUUCGGCGCGGCGGUGCACCUCUUCUUGAAUGAGUUCCUAGACUCGAAGGACAGUGGGACCGCCAUCCUCAGCCACUUCUAUCUUCUCACCGGGUGUGCGAACUCGCUCUGGUUCGAAAGCCCGACGCGACUCCCGCAAUUCACAGGCACGCUCGUCCUCGGGGUCGGCGACGCUCUGGCGUCGAUCGUGGGGAAGCGGCUCGGGCGGUUCCGAUGGUCCGCCGCGAACCCGAAGACGGUCGAGGGCAGCGCGGGCUUCGUGCUCUCCGUGUGCGCGUGCGCGGGGCUCCUGCGCGCCUGUGGGCUCGUCGAGCCGUUCGAGAUGGGGCGCUUCGCUGUCGCGGCGGCGCUGGCGGGGUGCCUGGAGGCCUUCAGCGUGCAGAACGACAACCUGACGCUGCCGCUGUACAUGUGGGCGAUGGUCGUGCUUCUGGAUGUUGUGCGGGCGUAG